AUGAAAGGGCCCGGGCUGUUCUCCGACAUCGGGAAGAAGGGGAGAGGUUAGCGUGCUGUUGAUUUUGACUAUUUGUUGGCCUCGGUUCUAGCUCAUGUAUUUUCGGAUCAAAAUUCAGCCAUCUUCGUUGUUUUCAGCUAUCAACGGUGAUUUUCUGAUUUGUCUCUCAUGUGGGCGUUGAUUUCAGAUAUUCUGGACAAGGACUAUAGCUACGACCAGAAGCUGAGAUUAUUCACUCGUAGUGCGGCCGGACUGGUACGAUUUAUCGGUCCUUGCUCAUCCGUUAUUGAUUUUUGCUUUGCUUGACUUUAUUAACGCGAAGUUUCGUCGAAGCUUUGUGAACAAAUUCUGUGGAGUCGUCUCGUCUGGCAUUGGUUUUCUCCUUCCGCUGGCGCAUUGUUUAUUUAUUGAAUGACCGAGUUGUCUUGUCGUUCUGGAACAGCACAUUUUGAGACUUUGCUUGAGUUUGUCGCUGGCUGCAAAUGACGUUUUAAUUUUUUUUUCGGCGAACUUUAGAGUCGAGUUCGUUUUAGUUUAACUGUUGGGCUGGUUGUGAUUGCUGUGGUUUGUGGGAGUGGGUAUUCAUUAUUUUAUGGAGUAGAUUGUUUAAUCAUUUCGGGUCUACUCUCAACUGUGCAUAGAUGUUUUUUUUUCUUCUCCCUUGGUUGGCAAGAUGGGAAAUUUUAUUUUUCCAGUUACAUUUUUGUGUCUCUCCUUGACCUAAUCUGUUGACUAUGAGUAUUCUAUGGACCGUAAUGGCUGUGUAUAAUCAUCUAUUGAUUUCUGUUCGUUCUCGUGAGUGUCUCGUCUCAUUGGAUUGCGCAUUGCACAUUUAUGUCCAUCCAAGUAUUUAUUGGUAGAUAUGUGCGUCUGUCUGAUCAACUUUCUUUUUUUUUCUUGUGAAUAUUAGUUUCUUGCUGCCAUUCAAUGCAUCUCCUUUUGGUAAACAUUUCAAUUUCUAUUCUAAACAUUUACACGUUCUUUCGCUGUUGGAUACUGCGGAAAUUUUCUUGUGCGUGAUGUAUGGAUAACGUUAUGUCAUUAAAUCAUUUUUUCAGUUAACACUUAAGUUUUUCCAAGAACGUUUCCAUAUCCACUGUUCAAAAUCAGCUUCUCUGAGUUAUCUGGACCUUACAGAUUGAGUUUCUCUAAGUCUCAACCUCACAAAAAACAAAAAGUUGAUUGACUCACCUUCAUACUUUUGAUAAUUUAUUUAACAGAAAUCCUAUAUUGCUGUGCGUUCGACAAGUUAUCAAAUUAAUGUGGGCCUAGUACCUAAUUACUCUGCUGUUAUGAUAGUUAUAUUAUUUUAAAUCCCCUUUUGCCUUUUCUUCUGCUGACUGGUUUUCAUCAUAUCAUAUGGCAAGUAUAAUUACAAAGUAUAUCUGCAACACAGGGGAUGUGUCAUGUCAUCCUGGAAUUGACAUGCUGAUUAAUUUGGGGUGAGAUUAUGAUUGGUUUUAAUGACGUAUCUUUUUCAAAUCACCAAUUAUAUCCAGAGCUCCACUGUAAUUUCAGCAGAGAUCCAUUAAAAAAAAAUGAGAACGGUAUUGGCAUAGACUGGCCAGAUGGUCCCAUUUAGGUAUCAUUGAUGAGAUAUGGGGUUCCAUGCCACUUAAGUAAAGCUCACAUGCAUCGUUUACUGUCAAGUCAAUAGGUUUCCAAAAAGUGGUCCUCUAUUUUAUCGCCGCAUGGAGAGCUUUCACCUCUCUUUAUGUGAUGCCAAUUGAUAGUGUUUGAAGUUUUACUUCGCCGAAAUUCUGUCUUUUUCAUUUAUCCUUCUCUCAGAUUUUCCUUUUCCCACGAAAAGAGGGAAAACUGGCGUUAGAUUGAUUAAAUUUACCUUCAAUGCUGAUGGCCUGUACUUUCUCAAAAAAUACGUUAUUUCUCGACUGUUGAAGUGUAAGUUCAACUUUUAGCUUGGUCAUCAGCUAGGACCAUCUCAUUACAUUUAUUCCGGUUGGGUGUACGGUGGCUGUCUUCUGGCACGUUGUUCAUAUGCAAAAAAGUGAAGAAACUAAAUAACACUCACCUCUUGUACGAAUAUUUUAUUUUAAUCUGAAAAAUUCCAAUUGCUCGGAAUUGAUUAGCAAUUCCCUUAUAUGAAAUGUAUGCACUGCUCAUAUGGUUUAUCUUUAAUCACUUGAAAAAACAGCCAGGGACAGCUCUGCGAAACAGAAACAAAUUGGUGUCUUCUUCUUCUUUACUGAACCAAUAACUGAGUCACGGAAAAUCUUCUUUCUCUUUCUAUUGUAUCUGGUUUUAAAGAAUAUUAUCAUGGCUAAUGUACUGGUUUUAUCCGUUAGCCAGAAGCCGGAUGAUCCUAUAUGCCCUAGUUUAUCAUUUCCAUCGCAGGGGCUUACAGCAAACUCGGUCAAGAAGGGCGGGCUGUACAGCAGCGACAUCACUGCACAGUACAGGUACAAGAACACCACUGUGGAAGUCAAAGUGGACACGGAGUCAACUGUAAAAGCCUCCCCCUUAUCCUCCCCCUCUUUCCAAUCUUACGAAUCGCCUCUCUUAAGGAGCCGUCUCGGUCUUUCAAACAGGUUUCGUCAACCAUCACGCUUUCAGAGAUUCUACCCUUCACCAGGGCGGUUACAACAUUUAGGCUACCUGAUUACAACUCCGGCAAGGUGAGCAGACCCCCAAGAUGGAGGAUCCAUCUCCAUGGCAUGGCAUAUGAUCUCCGAUUUUGGAAUCGGAAUUAGGGUUCUAAGAGAUAGGGUUCCCCCGCGUUGACUUAUUCCUGCUUGUCUGUCCAGGUGGAAGUGCAGUACUUCCACGACCAUGCGGGCAUGGCUGGAGCGGUGGCUUUGAGGGCGUCCCCAACCGUUGACCUCUCUGGGACUGUUGGAUCCCACGGCAUCGUCUUUGGCGCCGAGGCUGGCUUCGAUACCACCUCUGGUACCUUGACUAAGUACAACGCCGGCCUCAGCCUCCAGAAACCAGACUACAUCUUCUCGUUGACUUUGUGAGCCCCCCCCCAUACCCUCCUCCCCCACCUCAUCGUUCCUUUCUCUCUCUCUCUCUCCUCAUCCUCAUCAUCAUCAUGAUCUUCUUCUUCUUCUUCUUCUGGUGGUGGUGCUGUCAGAGGGGAAAAAGGGGACACGCUGAGGGCCUCCUACGUGCACCACCUGGACGAUCAGCAUGCCAGCGCCGCCGUGGCGGAGGUGACCCGGCGGUUCUCCACCAACAAGAACGCUCUCACUGUUGGAGGCCUCUACGAGCUGGACCCUUCCACCAGGGUCAAGGCCAAGCUCAACGACGGCGGCAAGCUGGCGGCGCUCCUCCAGCACCGCCUCAGGCCCGGCGGCAGCGUCCUCACCAUAUCCGGCGAGCUCGACACCAAGUUCCUCAACAAGAACCCCACCAUCGGCCUCUCCCUCGCCCUCGAGCCCUGA